UAGUUUUGUGAAUGACUGAUCCCGAACAGUGAAUAGAGACAAUUUUUUAAAACAACAUUUACACCUAUUUCAAAGUUUUAAUAAAUUUAUUGAAAUGGGUGACAACGAAAAAGAAGAAGCCGCUAAUUUAAAAGAAGAGUUUGAAUGGGUUCUUCGUGAAGAGGUUCAUGCUAUAUUACACCAAUUACACACAGUUUUAGUUGAAUGUGCUCACAGGUUUCCUGUACCAUUGUAUGGUAAUGAAGGCCAAAAACAGGAUAAAUUUAUUUUGACAUCACAACCUGAGCAGUUAAAGUGUAUUGUGACCCUCACAGGAGAUAGCAUAACUCAUGCAGAUAUAAGUUUCAAGGUCCUCCGUCAAAUGCACACAAUAUGCCGUACCUCAAUCAAUCAAGAUGGACCAUGGAAACUUCAGCAGAUACAAGAUGCUGCAAACCAUCUCCAACAAGCUAUAGGCUAUAUUGAUAAUGUGGACAAACAUUAUGUUUUUCGAUCAUCAGAAGAAGUAUUACAUAUAAUUCAAUGUCUUAUUGGCUCUUUACAAAGAGCUCGGACUGCCUUAGUAUUACCCAAAAAAAAAGCAAUUGAUGAGCUCAUGAAGAGUCGAAAUAUGAAAGCUCUUUCACCAAAUUUGCCUGAAGAUUUAGCGAUAUCAUUUUACAUACAAUCUCAUAAAUUGAUAUUUGUGGCGUACCAUAUUAGUUUUGUACAUGGUACCAUGAGGAUUGAUUCAUGUCAAGCCGACUGUGCAGUGCCUUGGCUAAGUGAUGUACUAUUUAUGCUGACAGCUGCAUUACACAUGUGUCAGCAAUUAAAAGAUAAGUUAUGUGUUUUCUCGCAAUACAAAGACUUCACAGUGGGAUCAAGAUCUGCCUCGAUGGUGUUUAACUGAAGGUUAAUGUAUCCCCUACCGUCGGGUAUUACCAUAUAAAAAACAAAAAACUUAUUUACGUAAGUGUAUUUAUUUAGUUAUAGUUAUCCAAGUCCAUUGUUGAUAUUCUUGUUGAGUAUGUUGUAAUAUAAUGUAAAUUAUUGAACUUUAAUCAUAUUUAUAGGAGAAUUUAACUUCGUAGCCCUUAUUUUAUGUGAUAUGGAGAGAUCAGUUCUGUAAUAUUUAUCGGCAUUGAUCAAUCCUCUUACAGUAUUGCCAGAUUGUGUAAGAAGUUCACAAGGCUUUGUUACUUCAUGAAUAAUAUAUAAAGGAAUUGAAUUUUAUGAAUUUCGAAAUUUGAAGGCAAUAAAAUAGUAUAUUAAUAACUUUGCAUUAGGCGUUGUUAAAAGCCAAUAAGUAGAGAUAUUUCAAGCGAACUUUAAAAAAUGCUUAAUUUUAAAAUUUUAAUAACACGGAGGCUAUACUUCAAACUUAAUAUUUAAAUAAUAAAAUAUAUUAUUUUUUAAUGAAUAUAGUUGCACUACUUAGAUCUGAAAGUAUAUUACGUAGACCAAUAAGUACAUAAAAUUUAAUUGAGAAACGAAGAAGCUUCGAAGUUUAUGUCAUCAAAGCACAUUAGUGACACUUAAGAAAACUUUAAAUCACACUGUAUGUUCAUAUCUAUGUAUGCGCGUCGAGUUUGUUUUUAAUUGCUUCUGUUAUCAAUAUAUUGUCAAAAUUCAUUUAUAUUAUCAGAAAUAGUUUUGGUUAUUUACUGUAGUUAUAUAUAUUAAUCCAGACUUUAAAAAAAUGCAUGUAUUACUAUUAUAGACUAUUUUACUGUGAAGCUUAUUAUCGCAUUCUACAAAGCAAAAGAUCUAAUCAUUAAAUGAAAUCAGACAAAUAAAUAUUCACUUAAAACAUUGCUUAUGGUUCUGCACGAAAACAUUUGUAUUAAAUUAAAAUUAAAAAAUUGUUAUUUAAAAGGAAUUCGUGAUAACAAUUCCUCAGUAUUCGUUAUAAUUGUCACUCUUGUAUUAUAAAUAAAUAAACAAAUGUAUAAUUUGCAUUUAAAAAUUACUUGAUAGUUAAAAAUAAUUUAUUUUUAAAUUUAUGGGAAAUGUUGCACCUUAUUUAAAAUAUUUGAAGAAAAGCCAAAUAAGAUCUAGGUUUAAAAAUAUUCGAACUGAAAAUUUAGAAUUUCUAUUUACCUAGUAGUUAAAUAGUAACACGCAAUUCUGUCUCAAAAUGAAAGGUAUUGAAGUGACGUGUUGACAUUUUUGAAAUCCAGAUAUACAUAGUAAUAAGAGUACAUUGGCAACUCAUCAUUCAUUAUUAUUCAGAGUUAAGUUCUUGUUGAUACAAGUUGGUACUUUUUAUUCGUUUGUUUUUAAACGUAGUGUAAAAUAUCUAAAUACGUCAAUAAUAUGUACAGUCAUGGCAACACCGCAUUGCUUUUUCAUACCAAAAAGUAAAUGAUUCGUAGAAUU